AAAGAUAAUGUGUCUAAAAGCCAUUGUAAUAACCAUUGACUUCGCAGGAUACGAAUCCAUUGCUACCUGUGAAAAUGGUUGAACAUCUCAAAAAGGGCAUUGGAGCUUGGGGACAGAUGGUGCAUGUUGAAAAAAUUAGUGCCAGGGUUGCCUGCCAUGUUGAAAUCCCAAAUGAACUGUCAGAGAAAAUGAAAUAUGCUCUGAAAUGUAUUGGAAUUACUAGGUUGUAUAGCCACCAGGCAGAGUCUGUUCGGGCUUCCCUUGCUGGCAAGCAUGUAGUUGUGGCAUCAAUGACAUCCAGUGGGGAAAUCUCUUUGCUACAAUCAGCCAGUACUAGAAGUACUGUCCCAGAAUUUGUUAGCGUGUGCUCUGUACCUCUUUCCGACAAAGGUUCACAGGAAUAGAUCUCAUGCGUUAAUUUUGUUGUAUUAUUCUUGGUGAUGUGCCUUGGUUCUACUGAAUAAAAUUGAAUUACAAAAUGCGUUGUAUUUUGAUUUGGUGGAGAAUGGCUUUUUUGUUGUCUGUUUUUGGCUUUUUAUUCAUUAUUUAUACUUCAAAUUGUUCAUUGGUGCAGGCUUUAGCACAAGAUCAACUUAGAGCUUUGUUAGCUAUGACAAAAGAUUUUGAUACUAGCUUAGAUAUUGGUAUCUAUGACGGUGACACUUCCCAGACAGACAGGAUUUGGCUGCGUGAUAAUGCUAGACUGUUGAUCACAAAUCCAGAUAUGUUAAACAUGUCCAUCUUGCCAUUCCAUGGGCAGUUCAGACGGAUUUUAUCAAAUCUUAGGUUUGUUGUCAUUGAUGAAGCCCAUACGUAUAAAGGAGCAUUUGGAUGUCAUACUGCUCUUAUAUUGAGGAGACUUCGGCGGCUCUGUUUUCAUGUGUAUGGUAGUGAUCCUUCUUUUCACUUUUGUACUGCAACUUCUGCAAACCCCCGUGAACAUGCUAUGGAACUUGCUAAUCUACCAACAAUGGAGUUGAUUCAAAAUGAUGGUAGCCCUUCUGGUCAAAAGCUCUUUGUCCUCUGGAAUCCUCCUUUAUGUCCAAAAACUGUCUCGAAGAGAACUACAAAUGUCAUAGAUAAAAAGGAAUCAUUAGAUAAAGAUAUUAUUUUUAGACGCUCAAGCCCGAUUUUGGAGGUUUCAUGUCUUUUUGCUGAAAUUGCUCAACAUAGGCUACGUUGCAUUGUAUUCUGCAAAACACGCAAACUUUGUGAACUUGUUUUAUGCUAUAUGCGUGAGAUUCUUCAGGAGACAGCACCCCAUCUGGUUCAGAAUUCCAACGUCACCAUGCUCUUAAAGCACCUGAUGCUCUAGAUAUGGGAAUGGACGAUGGCUAAGG